AGAUUAUUAAAAUUAUUAUUACAAUUAUCAUGAUUAUAGAAAAUUUGAAUAUUUAUUAACGUUAUUAGCAGUAGUAAUAUUAUUUGAUAUCUUUACUACUCAUCCGAACAUAAGGUAAGUAAAGUGCCCAUAGAUACAUAUUCUGGUACAGAAGGUGGCGGUAUGCACCUUUUUAAAGUCAUGGAUGCCACCCGCCAUUAAACCAAAAGAAGAAGAAGAAGAAGAAGAAGAAGAAGAGGGAAAACGUCUGAUCAGCCCUGCUCCAGUAGGUGGCGGUAAUGCACCUAAAACUGUUUUAACCAAUCACCAACACCGAAGAAGAGGAGGAAAAGCGUUUUUGAAGUUGUUGUGACAACUGAAAUAACCAUUCGAUAUGGAGACAGCAGUGGAAAACCUUGAGUUAAUGUUCUCAAAGUCAGAAGCGGGGUUGGACCACAUUGAGAAGCGCCUGAAACUGGACCUCACUAACCAUACUGCAGAGAAUGGACGUUUCCCUGAGAAGAAUACACUGUCAGCUACACUGUGCCUGCAGGAGAACCCCGCCAUGAUGCUGGAGAGACUGAGAGCCAUUAAAGACAAGCACACUGCGUUGUGCUCUCAGAUGACAGAGAUUGCAGCUGCACAAAAAGAGUCCAUGUUCUCCACCAGAGAGAACAUCAACAGGGCCGCCGCGCUGAUUCAACACUUUGCACAGACCGGCAUGGAGGUUCACUCUCUGGCUGAGUCGGUGCAGAAGCUAGAAGAGCUCUCCAUCAAAAUAAAGUAAAAUAAAAAUACUUCGUAUAGGCUAAA